CGCGCUGAGCAAACGCAUCCUGCCCGCGUCCCCGGGAAGCACAAAAUUACUCUGUACCUUUCCCAGUCCCAUAGGGCAGCAAGGGCUAUUGAAGAAAUACAUCACCGGAGGUGCUGAGGCUUUGCAUAUCCCCAGCACCUCACUCUGGCUUUGCCCCUUUGCGCGCGGUACGGCCGUGUUUCCGCUGACUUGCGUUAUCUACCUGCAAACAAAGGGAUUUGCCGUUUGCGUUGCCGGUGCGAAUUCCCCGGGGAAGGUUUCCUUUGCCCGGCUAGGGCUCGGAGCGCGAGCGCGUGACGGACGGACGGACGGACGGACGCAGCGCCAGGAGGGGGUUUCGCGGAGCUGCUCCUGGUGCUGCUGGGGCUGAAGGUCCAGGUGGCCGUGGGCUGCCCCAGCGACUGCGUGUGCUACCCGUCCCCGAUGACCGUCAGCUGCCAAGCCCACAACUUCGUCACCAUUCCCGAGGGGAUCCCCGAGAACAGCGAGAGGAUCUUCCUGCAGAACAACCAGAUCACCUUGCUGCUGCGGGGGCACUUCAGCCCCUCCAUGGUCACCCUCUGGAUCUACUCCAACAACAUCACCUUCAUCGACCCCAACACCUUCGAGGGGUUCGUAAACCUGGAAGAGCUGGAUUUGGGGGACAACCGCUACUUGAGGGCUUUAGCGGCAGACACCUUCCAAGGGCUGGUGAAACUCCACGCCUUGUACCUGUACAAGUGCGGGCUGAGCUCCCUGCCCAGCGGGAUUUUCGGCGGCCUCCACAAUCUGCAAUACCUGUACCUGCAAGACAACCACAUCGAGUUCCUUCAGGACGAUAUUUUUGUUGACUUGGUUAACCUCAGCCAUCUUUUCCUCCAUGGAAACAAGCUCUGGAGCCUCCAUCAGAACACGUUCAGGGGACUGAUCAACCUGGACAGGCUGCUCAUCCAUCAAAAUCAGCUGCAGUGGAUUCACAGGCGGGCUUUCCACGACCUCCGGCGACUGACCACCCUCUUCCUGUUCAACAACAGCCUCUCGGAGCUGCAGGGGGACUGCCUGGCCCCGCUGGGAGCCCUGGAGUUCCUGCGGCUGAACGGGAACCCGUGGGGCUGCGACUGCAAAGCCCGCUCGCUCUGGGAGUGGCUGCGCAGGUUCAGGGGGUCGAGCUCCAGCGUCAUCUGCGAGGCGCCCGAGCAGACGCGCGGCCAGGACCUCAAGGCGCUAAGAGCGGAAGACUUUAGGAACUGUUCGGGCUCCGAGUCCCUCCACCAGAUUAAAACACACACUUUCUCCACGGCGGACAGAGGAGCCUCCAAAACCCACCGCCACCCUCACCACUCC